AUGAAAGCGGGAGCGGCUGCAGGUCAGCUGGUAGUAGCGGGUGCCCGCUCGUCCGGUUCCGUAUUGGCACUCUCGCUUCGUCUUCUUCUCGCCGUCCUCCUCCUCUGCCUCGUCGGUGCGCAGCAAGGCGAGGGGCAGGCGGCCGGCCCUGCUGCCGGUGUCGGAGCGAGGCGGGUGGACGUGGGGGUGAUCUUGGACCGGACGACAUGGCUGGGGAACAUCAGCUGGGUGUGCAUGGAGCUGGCGCUCGAGGACUUCUACGCCGACGCGAGCAACGCCAACUACAGCACCAGGGUCAGGCUGCACCCCAGGGACACCCCGGCCGGGCCGAGCGCCGUCGACGCCGCGUCCGUAGGUGUUGAUCUACUAAAAAAUGUCCGUGUGCAAGCAAUCGUCGGGCCACAGACAUCUACUCAAGCUAAACUUCUUGCAGAACUUGGGAACAAGGCAUCAGUUCCAAUCAUUUCCUUUUCUGCAAAUAGCCCGUCCCGGUCAUCCAGCCAGACCCCAUACUUCAUCAGGACAGCAUGGAACGACUCCUGCCAAGCUGAAGCUAUUGCCUCACUUGUCCAGAAAUACAAUUGGAGGGAAGUCAUUCCUAUCAUCGAGGACGAUGAUUCCAACGCUAGAUUCAUCCCUGAUCUCGUUGAUGCCCUGGGACAUGCCGAUACUCGUGUUCUGUACAGGUGCAAGAUCCGUCCUUCUGCUGGAGAAGAUGAGAUAAAGCGUGCUAUAUCAAGCUUAAAAGAAAAUUGGACAAGCGUCUUUGUUGUGCGCAUGUCAUAUCAGUUAGCCCUUAAGUUUUUCCAGCUUGCUAAGGAUGAGGGAAUGAUGGGCCAGGGCUUUGUCUGGAUUACAGCAUAUGGUUUGACUGAUAUCUUCAAUGUGGUUGGUUAUCCUGCACUUGAUGUGAUGGAAGGUGUUGUUGGGAUCGAGCCUUAUGUUCAAGAAACUGCGAAACUAAACAAAUUUAGACAAAGAUGGCGUGAGAAAUAUAGGUCGGAAAAUCCUGGUACAUCAAUUAAUGAGCCUAUAACGUCUGGUCUAUAUGCAUAUGAUACAGUAUGGGCAAUAGCAUUAGCAGCAGAGAAGGCCGGAUAUGUUAAUUCAGACUUUGUUCUGUCUGAAACAAACAAUGGCUCCACUGAUUUCGACAAACUGAGUACUUCUAGGGCUGCUGAAAAAUUUUACAAUGCAUUCUUGAAGGUUAAUUUCACAGGCAUUAGUGGGCAAUUUGUCAUUCAGGAUAUGCAGUUAGUAUCAGCAACUUACAAAAUUAUCAAUGUAGCUGGUCGGGAGAGGAGAGCAGUUGGUUUUUGGACUCCAGGAUUGAACAUAUCCAGAAUUGUAUGGCCAGGAGGCAGUGAGAAGACACCUAGAGGAUGGCUUUUGCCAGUGAAUAAAGUACUCAAAAUAGGAGUACCUGUGAAACCUGGGUUUAGCAGUUUUAUAAGAUCUGAAGAUGGUAUCCCCAAGGGGUUCUGCAUUGAUGUAUUUGAGGAAGUCAUUGGUAAUCUGCCCUACAAAGUUCCCAAGCGUUAUGUGGAGUUUGGAAAUGGAAAAGGAGAAAGUAAUGGAACUUAUGAUGAACUCGUCUACAAAGUUUAUCUUAAGGAAUUUGAUGCGGUAGUAGGUGACAUAACAAUUUUGGCCAACCGUUCUCUAUAUGUGGACUACACUCUUCCUUAUACUGAGUCAGGGGUACGCAUGCUGGUUCCAGUUUCGGACCGGAGACAGAAGACUGCAUGGACAUUCCUAGAACCAUUGACAGCUGAUCUAUGGUUAGGAACUGGGGCCUUCGUUGUCUUCACAGGUUUUAUAGUUUGGUUUAUCGAGCACAGAUCGAAUCAGGAAUUCAGAGGACCGCCAGCCAGUCAAAUUGGAUCAGUCUUCUACUUCUCCUUCUCAACACUUGUAUUUGCUCAUAGGGAGAGGAUUGUGAAGAAUUUAUCAAGAAUUGCAGUAGUUGUUUGGCUUUUUGUGGUGCUAAUAUUGCAGCAGAGUUAUACUGCAAGCUUAAGCUCAAUUCUCACGGUAGAACAGCUUCAACCAACAGUCACCAAUAUAGAUGAAGUUAUCAGACGAGGGGAUUAUGUUGGCUACCUCAAUGAUUCUUUCAUGCCUGAGCUUUUGAAAAGGUUGAAAAUUAAUGAAACAAAAAUGAUCGCCUUCAGCUCUCCUGAGGAGUACAAUGACGCCCUAUCAACUAGAAAAGUUGCUGUCAUUGUUGAUGAAAUACCGUACCUCAAAGUGUUUCUCUCAAAGUAUUGCCACAAUUACACUAUGGUUGGGCCAACUUACAAAUUCGAUGGAUUUGGUUAUGCGUUCCCUCGAGGCUCUCCACUUACACCUGAAAUUUCAAGGGGAAUACUGGAACUAGCAUCAAAUGGCACAAUGGAUGAACUGGAGAAACGGUUGUAUGGUGAUACAUCGUGCCCAGACAAAGAUGACUCCCAAACUUCAAGCAGCCUUACAUUGCAUAGCUUUCUUGGGUUGUUCAUCAUCACUGGGACAACUUCAUUACUGGCACUGAUUUUGCAUGUCACUAUAACCCUUUAUGAUCAUCGGAGUCAUUGGAUCAAUGGCAGCGGUCAGAUAUCAUGGCAUGAAUUGCUUGCUAUUCUCUUCAAGAUUUUUCAUGAGCAUGAUAAUAGCUCUAAUACUCCGGAUGAAGAGGAGCCUGGAAUGGAAGAUAUAGAUCCUCCUACAGCUGAGAGUCCAUGGAGCAUGUCUAAUCACAUCAUCGAGAAUAUUGAUUCAGACACUGAUACGGGAAGCACACCAGAAGGAGAAGGAACUCCGGGCAGGGAAGUUUCAAAUCAGGAUCCUGGUCCACCAUCAUUUGCAUACAUGCAUUCUGAGGGGGCAAUGGAGUAA